AUGAGAGCUAUUUUAUGCAGUUUAGGCUUGCUGUUAUAAUUGAACUUAUGAAAAAUGCAGGAAAAUAUUUAGAAAUUGAUGCUUUUGAAACUGAUAUUAAUUAUUUGGAUGAUGCAUUAAAUUCAGUUGAAUCUUUGAAAAAACAGAAUUUGAAUAAUCCUGAGUAUCCAAAAUAUUUUACUUAUUUAUCUGAAUUAAAAAGAAUGUGCAGCAACUUCUCUUGGCGCUCAUUAAUAGCAUUGGCCAAAGUUGUUAAACAACCAGUCCAUACAAUCUACCCAGAAGUCAAAUCAAGAUUAAUUCAUGAAAUAUAUAAUUGUGAAAUUAAACCAUUCCAACCAUCGUCUGGCAAAAUUGCUGUUGUCACUGAGCAACCUUUAUUUAUUUUUUGGACAAAUACAUCAAUUCAAACAAAAGCACAAGUAAAUACAAUCUUAAUUGAAAAUAAAUUCAUUCCAAAUCAUUUUGUGCCAUGUUUUUUAAAAGAUAGAAGGUAA